AUGAAGGUAUUUCAGACCAUCUGCAGGCAGCUUAUAAGUUCAAAGGGGUUUUCUGUAGAACCAGCCCCCAGUGUGGUCUUGUCCACUUCCUCUUAUAUGUGUGGCGGGAAGAAAAAAGUGAACCGUUAUGAAGAAGAGGACCCAAAAAAGUACUCUGAUUUAGUAAGGUCUGUCUUGUCAUUCAGAGGCCACGCUCAGACUCCACAGCCUUUGUUCGAGGAAGAUGCUUUACUCUAUGGACCUGUGAAGAAGUGUAAGGCCCCAAAGCAAGACAUGUUUUUACAAGGGAAGUGGUUUCAUGAAGCCUUGGAAAGCAUACUUUCACCCCAGGGGAACUUAAGAGAGAGAGAUGAAAAUCUCCUCAAACCUUGCUACAUCCAAAGGGUCCAGCAUGUUCUGAGAGAUGUCAGUGGAGUGUGGGCUCUGGAAAAUGCUGUUAGACGUGAGACCCUAAAGUAUGUAGGUCUGCUGCACUGUGUGGCUGAUUAUCAGGGAAAGCUGUGUGUGACUGAUCGGAAGACAUCUGAGAAACCAAAGCCUUUCAUCCGAAAUACAUUUGACAACCUGCUGCAAGUCGUGGUGUAUGUCAGUGCCAUAAACCAUAAGGCCAACUACAGCUUUCAGGUUCAGUGUGGCUUGAUCGUGGUGGCCUACAAAGACGGGUCCCCCGCCCACCCACAUUUCAUGGAUGCAGAGCUCUGCUCCCAGUACUAG